UGGGGGUGGGGGGGAUGGCAUGGAAUCUAGGGGCGAGGAUUGUGAGAUAAGGGAAUGAUGUUUUUAUGAGUUGGUGCAGUACAAUGUGCCAUGUGGAGCACUGCUUUUCUAGGUCUGAAGUUGUUAGGGAAUUCAAUUUUGGUUGCGGGGGGAGAGAGAGAGAGAGAGAGAGAGAGAGAUGUGGGCUCUCUGUUUCGGUGAUCUAUAAAACUUUGAGAUUGCUUGCUCGACAUCUCCAGUCAUAGCUCCGGGGUAGUGGACUUGGGUGUAGAGGUGGGGAGGGGAGACUUUCUUUGUGAUUUGAAAGCAGGAAGUUAGAGAGCGCUGUGAUCGCCUCUGGUGAAGCUUUGCAAGGUGUUUUUGAGGUGUUUGGGAAGAGGGGUGUAUUGGUUGAUCGGUUGGGGAAGGAUAAUGGGAGCAGAGGAGUUAGAUGAGGGGGUAUUGCUGCCGGCGGGCUUUGCGAGGAAGAGGAGCAAGAUGGAAGACCUGAAGGAGUUGAAUAGGAGGGAUUGUCAUGGUAGAGAAAAGGGUUUUGAGAGUUUGAGCAGCCCCAGGGAGAAGGCCACCGAAUGGUUGAGCCAGCUCGUGGAGUUCUCCGCCCUGCCGGAGUACCUCCAAGACAAUAGUUUCAUUUUACGUCAUUACCGUGCGGAUUGGCCUCUUAAGCACUCCCUGCUCUCCAUCUUUUCCAUGCACAACGAAACUUUCAACAUUUGGUCGCAUUUGAUUGGUUUUCUUCUGUUUUUGGGGCUGACUAUCUACACAGCAAUGCAUGUGCCGACCAUUGUAGAGCCUUCAACUCUUCACAGGUGGCAAUCUGAAAUCAACGAUGUGAUGCCUUCUUAUCUACAGCUGAACGAAGCCCUCUCUAGUUGCGUUCCUGGCACUUUCGACGGGACUCAAUGUAUACAGAAACCUAUCACGCGCUGGCCUUUCUUCGUGUUUCUAGGAGGUGCUAUGUUUUGUAUGUUGGCAAGCACAUUGUGUCAUCUACUGGGUUGCCGUUCAGCUAAAACUUUCUAUUUGUUGAUGCGGAUGGAUUAUGCAGGGAUCGCAACACUUAUCGCAGCAUCAUUUUUUCCACCUGUAUAUUACAGCUUCAUGUGCAACCCUUUCUUAUGCAAGCUAUACCUCGGAAUUAUCACGAGCAUGGGGAUUGGCACUUUACUCACAUCCAUGGUACCAGUGUUUCAGACAGCAGAGUAUCGUCAGGUUCGUGCAGCUAUGUUUUUCAUCAUGGGAAUAUCAGGCAUCUUCCCGUGUGUUCACAAGAUUUUUAUGUAUCAAGACGAGCCUAUGGCAUACCAAGCAUUGUAUAUAGAAAUUUUUAUGGGCAUUAUCUAUGGAUUGAGUGCCCUGAUAUAUUCCACCCGCAUCCCCGAACGAUGGACACCAGGCACUUUCGAUAUCGUCGGGAACAGCCACCAGUUGUUUCAUGUUCUGGUCGUGGCGGGUGCUUACGUUCACUACCAUGGCGGCUUGGUCUAUCUGCAGUGGCGGGAUGUGAAAGGCUGCCCCUUAUUUUGACCCACUGAGUAGGGAUUCCAUCGGGAUCCCACAUUCCAUUACUCAUCACCUCAAAGAAUUGAUUAAGUCCCACACAUGGAGCAUACAACGAGUGGCGAGAAGCUUUACGUACCAGUGCGCAUACUGACACCGACGCUGCUCCUGACCUCGCGGGGGCUUGUGCUGGUGUCAACUACAUCGUUCCCUGGGCAACUCAUCACUAAACCUGUUAGAAGGAUACGCACUGCUGUGUGAUUUUUAGUGGUGGAAUGGUGUUUAGAACUAGCCAACAGCAGAAGCCGGUGCAGGCUCAGUCGGGAAAUCAUUACUGUAAAGUGGACCAACAUUUAGAUGCUAAACCCUGACCCCGGACACAAUAGCAGCUUCUGAAUGAAUCAUCCUUGCGGUAUCCGAAACUGGUAAAGCUAACGCGUUCUGAUGAAUGGAACGCAGGUUGGCGCUACAGAUUACGGAUAAUAUGCUCAUCUUUCUUGUCAAUUUGACAGUCCGUGGUGACCGUGACCAAA